AUGGCAGCGAAGGCGACUGCGAUGGGUGGCCAAAUGUCAAUUGUCGGGGCCAAAGCCUCGUCUGUUGGGACUUCGAAUGGGAAUGGGAAUGGGAAUGGGAUUGGCAUCGAGAAUGGGACAGUGGAUACGCCGAAUGGGGAAGACCAUUUGUCCAGGAGGCUUCCCGAUGACAUGUCGCAGCAACUUUUGCUUAAGGAGUGCACAGGGAAAAAGGAGGAUAUCAAGGGCAAUUAUAAAAAUGCAUUUUCCACGCGCUAUUCAACAACCAUUGGAAUGGCAUUUGGGAGACAGACUCAGAUGUAUACCAUUCAACUAUACGACAAACGAUCUCUUUAGGAAAAGAAUGUAAAACGUCACGAGGUCGAUAAGAAGUUUAUUGGGGGAUUUGAUGAAAAGAAAAAUGCAAAGUACUUCAAAUACCUACCGAACGAUGGCCAUGUCUCGAUGUCCGUCUCGCAGACCCCAAGGGACAUCACCUGCAAGGCCUGCUUCAAGGAAGAUACUGUACGAAACAAUAAUCAGAUGAACAAUGAAAUCGCCAAACUAAUCAAAAAUCAAAGUACACCUCAGGAAGCAGCAUAUUUUGUUAGAGUGAUGUCUUAUACUACCUUGUGGCCCCCUUACUAUAAAGAUAAAAUACAAAAACAAAUUUCACAGACAAAGAUUUGCAACCUGAAACAUUUAUUGCAAUGCGAAAAUGUCGCAAAGUUCGCCCAGACUGCAAAGUAA